AUCAGCUCACAUGCAGCACUUUUCAGUGGAGUCCAGUCAUACUUCGAAGUGCUGAAUUCCAGUGAUGACAGCACACUGCGGAUCACAUCUAAGAACCAGAAGAUAUACAAUAAACAACAACGUGGAAAUACCCUUCUUGUUUCCAGCUCUCUCGCCGCGGCGCAGAAGACCCAGCCUCUUCACCAUCAUCUCCGCCAUGGGCUGCCUCUUCACGACAGGGUUGCUUGUGGUUGGGACCCUCCUCCUGUUGCUGGCGCUGCUGGUUUCGCGAUUCCGGAGGUGUCGGAAACCUGGUGAACCACCACUUGACAAAGGUCUCAUUCCUUGGCUUGGCCAUGCACUGGAGUUUGGUAAAGAUGCUGCCAAGUUCCUAUCGGAAAUGAAGCGGAAGCAUGGGGAUAUCUUCACAAUUCAAGCUGUAGGAAAAUUCGUCACCGUCUUAUUGGACCCUCAUUCCUAUGAUGCAGUGCUUUGGGAAUCUCAUACUAAGCUAGACUUUGGCCAAUAUGCACGCAUUUUAAUGGACCGAAUGUUUGAUGUCAAGCUACCAGAUUAUGACCCUCGUGAGGAAAAGGUCAUGCUGAGAAUGACUUUGCAGAACAAGCAUCUUGCCUCCCUGACAAAGGCCACGUUCUUCAAUUUGCAAACCAUUCUGCUUUCUGACCCAAACAGAGCCAAUUGGCAGUGGAAAGAUGAAGGUCUGUUUCACCUCUCCUACAGUACAAUGUUCAGAUCUGGAUUCCUAACAUUAUAUGGCAAUGCAGGCAAUAAUUAUGAAGAUGCCUGGAGUCAAGGUGAAGACCGGGCUUAUUCACUGGAAGUGUAUACUGAGUUUUACAAACUAGACCGUCUUUUGAUGAAAGCUGCCCGCAACAUGCUGAGUCCAGGGGAAAAGAAGGAAUUUGACGCCAUCAAGAAGAAUCUAUGGAAGUUACUAUCGGUGAAAAGGCUGAAUUGCAGGGUGAACCAAAGUGUGUGGCUGGAUAGCUAUAAACAGCACUUGGUGAACAUGGGUGUAGAUGAAGAUAUGCAAACUAGAGCAAUGCUAUUACAGCUCUGGAGUACUCAGAGCAAUACAGGGCCUGCAGUUUUCUGGCUUCUCCUGUUUCUUUUAAAACACCCUUCGGUCAUGGCAGCUGUUCGAGGUGAAAUAGAAGGAAUAUUUAGAACCAAAAGACAAACAAUUGGACAGAUGCAGGGGAUCAGCCAAGAGAUUUUGGACAGCACACCCAUUUUUGACAGCGUAUUGGAUGAAACACUACGUUUGACAGCAGCACCUUUUAUCAGCAGAGAAGUCCUUCAAGACAUGUCUCUGAGACUGGCAGAUGGCAGAGAAUACAGCCUGAGAAAGGGAGAUAGGCUUUGCCUCUUUCCAUUUAUAAGCCCUCAGAUGGACCCCGAAAUCCAUGAGGAGCCAGAGCAAUUCAAAUAUGACAGAUUCCUCAAUGCUGAUGGCACUAAAAAAACAGAUUUCUACAAAAGAGGGGGAAAGCUCAAGUAUUACAACAUGCCGUGGGGAGCGGGAAUCAAUGUCUGCAUUGGAAAGUUCCUUGCAGUCAAUAGCAUGAAACAGUGCAUCUUCCUCCUCUUAAGUCACUUUGAUUUGGAGCUGAAGGACCCCAAUGCAAAGAUCCCAGGUUUUGACAAAGAAAGAUACGGCUUUGGAAUGUUGCAACCAGACAGUGACGUAAUAGUUCAAUAUAAACGGAAAGAUCAGUAAAAAUGGUGCCCUUCCAGCUUGUAACGAAGUUAUUCUAGAUAUUCCUUCUUGUUUUGUGAGAAGACAGCAACUCUUUGGUUUCCGUUGAAAUUGAUCUAUACAGACAUUGAAAAGGGAUGUUUUAUGUGUUCUCAGUUGAAUUUGUAACUUUUUAAUGUGGUUUUAGCUUGGUCUUUUAACUUGUUUAAUUUUAUUGUUGUUUUUAUUGCUCUAUGUUGUAUCUAUUUUAUUAAUGUUGUGAGCAGCCCAAAGCAAUAGUGUACUGGAGGGUCAGGGUAUAAAUAUUUUACAUACAGUAAUGAGGACAUUUUGAAUUGUUCUCUGUUGCAUCCAUAAGCUGCUCAUGUGCAAAGCUUCACCCUGUGAACCCUAGCAGAAAUACACUUUUGCUACUACAUUUGCUUAAGUCUUUGGAAACCAUACUGACUCGGUUCACAUGUAUCACUAUGUGAGUGAGCCAUGGACUUGCACGCUCCCCUCUUCUCCUUUUUUACAUGCAAGAGAAGGAGAGUGAAAGCUUCCACUUCCGCUUUAAGCAUAGUUCCUCAUUAGCGAUUAACUGAGCAACUGGGAUGUGAUAACCAACUAGAGCAGAGGUGGCCAACUUGAGGCUCUCCAGCUGUGGUGAAACACAACUCCCACCUUCCCCAGGUCCUGGGUUGUUCAAACUCUAGAACAAGGCUAUACAACAUACGGCCCACUGCCACAGUGGUGCUGAGCAACUUGGACCUGGCGAGCAGGCCGCAGGGCAGAGGCGUAUCUAGGGGAAAUAGCGCCUAGGGCAAACACUGAAAUUGCGCCCCCUGUCCAGACAUCUGACACCCAUCUUUGAGAUAACUUUACCAUAAUAUCAACUGAAAAAUACAAGUCAGGCUCGUUAAUCUUUUAAUAUUUCAAAAACUAUUUUAGCAGUGGACUUAGCCAGACCAAAAAAUGCUGGAAAACUACAAAUUUCAGUAUGCUGGGGCGCAUGAAAUACCCAAAUACUAUGUGGAGGUGUACUUGGAAAACUAAACAGAAGUGCCUGUCUAAUUCUCUACUAUGUAUUGUAGCAUCACCAUUACAUAAGUUUUAAAAAUCAGUGGAGAAUUUGACUUUUCCCAGAUACUCUGUAAAUAAUUAAAGGAUAUGCAGAGUAAACUGUGUCACUGCUUGGAAUAUAUUCUAGUCUUUCAGAAAGACAGUUAAAAUGAGAGAAAGAGAGCAAGAAACUCCCAGUAGGCCUUAAUAUUAAGGAUUUCACACUGAUUCAAAGACAAAUUCACCAUUAAUAGCCAUAUUAGCAAGACAUCACAUUUAACUCACUUAUCACAAGAAGCAAAGUAAGAGCAAAUGAAUACAAUCCUAGCUCAUAAGCAUCAGCUCAGUAUUCACAAGCCCUGAUUCUCUGUACAUAGUCCCAAUCUGAAUAUGUGUACAGUGACUUAUAUUAUAUAUUAUUAUUUUUUAACCUGUAGCCCCUUCGGGGGGCUUCCUAAAGUCUGGGGGGUUUGCAAAGGUUCCUCCUCCCCCAAUGGCCUCUAGGGCCUCGCAGGUACCAUUUGAGCAUGUGCAGUGGCCAUUUUUAAAAAUCUUUUUUUUAAAAAUGGCCACUGAAACCAAAAUGGCCACCACGCAUGCUCAAAUGGCCUCUGCAAGGCCUGGCAUGACCUAGGGCCUCACAGAGGCCAUUUGAGCAUGCACGGUAGCCAUUUUGUUUUUGGCAGCCAUUUAAAACAAAAUUACAAAAUGGCACCCCCCUUCAAGUGGCGCCCAGGGCACGUGCCCUGCCUGCCCUACCCCUAGAUACGCCCCUGUCGCAGGGGGUCAGGCAGGCGGCAGGAGUGGAGGAGAGGCAGUGUGCUACUGUGAGUGUGAGCAUGCUGCCACCAUGCCCGGCCAGCCACCUCCCCACUGCCGCUCACCCUGGCUCCCAAGCCCCGCUGCUGGAGUUGGGGCCUGGAGCUUCCUGGGAAUGAUGGAGACACAGGAUGCACACACACCCUCAUUCCCAGAAGGCUCCCAGCUGGGCAGGAGCACCAGAAUCCACGCAGAUCCUGGCGCUCCACACAAGCAGCCUAGCCCAGGCUAGGCUGUUCUUGAGAACAGCCUCUUUGAUUGUGUGAAUGACCUCAUAGAGUAUUCCAUUUUAUCCCCAUUACAACUGUGUGAGGUAGGCUAGACUGAGAGAGAAUAGCCUGGUUCAAACCUGAUAGCCUGGUUCUUGCAGAGCAGAGAAGAAGACUUGGGUGCUUUCCAGACUAACUGCUCAACAGCAGCAAAAUGCCUCCAUUCAGGCAAGUCACAUUUGAAACAUAAACAGCAGGGGGAGCAGUCUCAUGGAAACUAACAACCUGAAAAAACCAGAAACCUCCUUACGCCGGAUAUACGAUGUCCUAGCUCUAUAUCGCAGGGAUUAAAUUAGAACCAAGGCAUUGGCAAUGUGAAUGGCACCCUGCUGUCUGCAGAGGGACUGUGGUUUCACAAUGCAGGAAGUGUGGAAGCACACUCCAUGAGAUCCGACAUGACCCCGUUGCAGGGUCUAAUCUGGAAAGCGCCAAGAAAGUGAACGUGUUUGCUUCCACUUUUGAGAACUUCUGUUCUGCGUUACGUACGAACUCAAUGAACUGCAGUGAAGUCUGUGAACUGUGGCUUGUUGUAGAGCAGGGGUGCACAACUCAAAUGCCCCGGUGGGCCGAAACCAACCGUGAAUUGAUGUGCGGGGGCUGAGGUCAAUUUUUAGGGCACUGAUCACUGAAUUAAGAUUUAAAAUGAAUAAAAAUAUUGACUUAUUAUGAAAGUAAUAUUCACACAGAGAGAGAGAGAAACACACUGCACUUUCCCCAUCACAGAGGAUGGGGCAGUAAUUCAGUGGCAGAGCCCCUGCUUUGCAUCUCCAGGUUUUGCAUCUCCCACCCAGCCUAAGCCCACUCCUUAGCCCAGCUCUUAAACAAGGUUAAAGGUGUGAGCACACCCUUAACCAGGCUGCUGGGAUUGUGCAUCUCCUCGGACACAGAGAUGGGUGCCUAGAGCGCGGUGCCUUUGGGAUAUCCAGCAGCACGGAUCAUGUGGGUGUGCUGUUUUGUUUGCAUGCUGAAGAAACGAAGACUGAAGAGCUGGUCUUGUGGUGGCAAGCAUGACUUGUCCCCUUAGCUAAGCAGGGUCCACCCUGGUUGCAGAUGAAAGGGAGACUAGAAGUGUGAGCACAGUAAGAUAUUCCCCUUAGGGGAUGGAGCCGCUCUGGGAAGAAAAGAAAGUUUCAAGUUCCCUCCCUGGCUUCUCCAAGAUAGGGCUGAGAGAGAUUCUUGCCUGCAACCUUAGAGAAGCCGCUGCCAGUUUGUGAAGACAAUACUGAGCUAGAUAGACCAAUGGACUGACUCAGUGUAUGGCAGCUUCCUAUGUCUGGGGGAAGGUAGGUUGAACCUUGCCUUCCCCACCCCACCCUCUCCGCCCUGGUAUUGGUCAUGAGAACAAACUUUAAAACUAUGUUCCACCGAGGUUUGGGAGCUGUCUGUGCUCCCAAUUUUUGGUUGUGUGGAAGCAAGGUAGGAGGAAAAGCUACCCAGGUUUUCCUCCUACCUUGCUUCCCCACAACGGAAAAUAGGGAGCACACACAAACCUGGGUAGAACACAGUUUCUGAUUGUGUGAAUGACCUCAGUUUUUGGUUGUGUGAAUGACCUCACUAUGUUGUUUAUUAAGAAUAUUGUUAUAACAUCAUGAUUUUAUAAUUAUUAUAAUAAAGAAUAUAUACAACAUUCAGCA